GGACUUUGGCCUCCAAGUGUCCCUCCGCCACAGCCGUCCCUCAACACCACCUGGCUCCGAAACACCCUCUCGAAUGGUCUUCGGGCGUCUUCCACCAGACAAGUUGCGCUUGACGAUAUCGACGAUUCCGAAGACUGGCACGACACGGAAGAAGGGCUCGCGGCGGGACAGAUUAUUAGCCACCUUGGUUUCCUCCCUAUUCAAACUGUAGAGUCCGAUGUGGAGCCCGUCGCCGGAACGGCGAUUGGCACCCCAGCGGGAGGACACCUCAACCCUGCAGACAGAAGCUCUGACGUUCGUCUUGCUACCGAGGACAUGACAGUAGAAAUGCAGCGCAAACGCGCCCACUGGCACGCCCGCCAGCGCGUGUUCAAUUUCGACUAUCUCUCUCGAAAACGGCGCUGGGGCCCCUACCUCCCCGUGCACCCCAAGAAGGCGCGUCCUCACUCAGCGGCUGACCCUACUCAACCUGCCAGUGCGGAGGAUAGCGACUCGGAUGACCCAGAGUGGCUCCCUGGCACCGACGCGCCUGGAGCUGCAAGAGUCCCACCCGCCAGCCUGCUGCGUCCUGACUGGUCCUGGCUUGCUGCCGCUCGCAUAGUGGCCGAAUCUACACUCCGCAGGGCGCACCGGAAAUUGGGAUUGGAGAUUCUAGGUGCAUGGGACAACGUCCGCGAGGGAACCUGGGUGCCGACCUCCAGUGUCGAUGGUGUCUCUGCGGAGAGCUUGGAUAGCAACACUCGUGCAUUGCACGGACAUGACUGGGCGGGCGUGGAAGGCGUCUGGAGGCGUCUUGUUUGUUGGCUGGGAUACACUGACCUCCAAAACGGUAAAUACGACGACCCCGACCUCCAAGAAGUAUACAUCAUCCUUUCUCUCUCCUUGCGCAUAACCGGCUACUCGCCCUCAUCGAUCCCUGAGUAUUCCGACAGACCUGACAUCCACGUCGAGGGCGAAAUGGGCGAUGCUGGAGGGGAGGGAAAUGUUUUCCUCGGAGCAUACAACCCUCGGCGCGUGCAUGGCACCGUGAGCAUGCUCGCCAGCGGAAGUGUGCGGUACUCCUUCAUAUCUGCAAACGACGAUAAUACCUUCGAUCAAUGGUCUUCCGAGGCUAUCCAGCUUGGUGGGGUUGGUUCCGCGAUGGGCGCGCUCGGGAUGUGGACGGGGGUGCACCAUGAAAGCGGCGACCCGCUCGGGGUAAUCUGGCAAUGGCGGGUGGACUGAGCGGAUGAGUCGCAUACGU